UGAUGCUUGCCCAGCUUUUGCUCGAUGCCACGGGAGAAGUGGGGGGCUCCUGGCCCGGUUGCUUUCGGCUGCCCCGCGCCCCCUUGGGCCCCGCUAGCCCAUCUGGGAGCCCGAUGGAGGACGGGCAAUGCCCACCCCAUCCCCGGCCGGGCCUGGAGAGGCAAUCUGGGUGGGCAACGCUCUCAUGCCAGGCUUGGCUCGGUGCAAGGAGGAGAGGGGGACAGGAAUGCAACGCGGUUCAGCGAGGAAACGCAGCGGGCUUUUGGUGCAUGGGAAGAAUUGGUCGUGGAUCGACUACUUGCAAAUAAUGCAAGCGAGUCUUGCAGCAGCAAACCCCCCCCGCCUGGCUCGGGCGCAUUCAGAGGGCGGCAGAUGCCAACUCCUUCCCUUGGCCUCCUUUCCAGCCGCCCCCGAAGUAUCAGCAACCUCCCAGCCCCGGCCAGCCCCAGUCCGUUUCCUGCAAGGCCCGGGGGAGCGCGAGGGCUGUUUCUGUCCGGUGAGGAGCCAUCGGCAGGAAGAGCAAAAGAGAGGAGGAGGAGUCGGAAAUCAUGUGAAGCAGGGGGAAGGAAGCCCGCCCGAGGGGAGGGGCUGAUGCAAAAAAUGGCUGUUGCUGCAGCAGUGUCGGGGACCCCAAUAAAAAGGGCAGGAGUGUUAAGGAAGAUGCAGAGACGACACAGCAGCAUCACUGAUAGCCUCCCUCCUGAAAGAAACCGGAGUCAGACCAUCAGCUCCGAGGCUAGCGUCGACGAAGGUGGCGUCUUUGAAAGUCUCAAGACCGAACCUCCUUCUCAGCAGCUCUUUUCAGGAUUGGGGGGCAUCCCGUCAGGCACCAUCACAGCCACCCCUUUCCAGUCCAGUUUGGUCCUCGGGUCCUCGGUAGGUGGUGGGGAGGUGUUCAUUCAGAUGCCUGCCCCGCGAGAAGAGGGGACCAGCCGCACGGAAGGAGUGCCUUACCACCACCGGCAGCAGCCCCACCAUUACCACCACAACCACCAGCGGGGAUCUUCCUUUCUGCACAUGGCUGGAAGUGACCGUCAUGGACAUGCCGAGGAAGGCCCCGAGGACCAGCCUGGAACUCCAGCCCCUGCGCUUUCCGAGCUGAAGGCAGUGAUCUCCUGGCUACAGAAGGGGCUCCCUUUCAUCAUUAUUCUCUUGGCUAAAGUUUGUUUCCAGCAUAAGCUGGGUAUUUCUUUGUGUAUCGGCAUGGCCAGCACAUUUGCAUAUGCAAACUCAACUCUGCGUGAACAAGUCUCCUUGAAGGAAAAGAGGUCGGUGCUGGUGGUUUUCUGGAUCCUGGCCUUCCUUGCAGGGAACACUCUUUACCUGCUGUAUACGUUCAGCUCGCAACAGUUGUACAACAGUCUCAUCUUCCUGAAACCCAACCUGGAGAAGCUGGAUUUCUUCGACCUGAUGUGGAUUGUGGGGAUCACCGACUUCGUACUCAAAUACCUCACGAUUGCCUUGAAAUGCCUAGUCGUUGCCCUGCCAAAAAUUGUCCUUGCCGUCAAAUCAAAGGGAAAGUUCUAUUUGGUCAUUGAAGAACUGAGCCAGCUGUUCCGUUCGCUGGUCCCCAUCCAGCUGUGGUACAAAUACAUCAUGGGGGAUGAUCCAUCCAGCAGCUAUUUCCUUGGUGGGAUUCUCCUUAUCUUGUACAGCCUCUGCAAAUCUUUUGACAUCUGUGGUCGGGUGGGAAGCGUAAGGAAAGCCUUGAAGGUCCUUUGCACUCCUCAGAACUAUGGAGUCCGUGCAACUAGCCAGCAGUGCAGCGAGGCUGGGGACAUAUGUGCCAUUUGCCAGGCUGAGUUCAGGGAACCGCUUAUCCUCUUGUGCCAGCAUGUUUUUUGCGAAGAGUGCCUUUGCCUUUGGUUUGACCGGGAGAAGACCUGUCCGCUGUGCCGUUCUGUGGCUGUGGACACUGUGCGCUGCUGGAAAGAUGGUACCACUUCGGCUCAUUUCCAGGUGUAUUAACUUCCAGGCUGUUGUGGGAAAUAAAAUGGGCUGGAGCAAUUCUCCUCAAUCCUGCUCCCAGCCUGUCUUACUCAGAGGCCACUUCCGCACAUGCAGAAUAAUGCACUUUCAACCCACUUUCAAUGCACUGUGCAGCUGGAUUUUACUGUGCGGAAUAGCAAAAUCCACUUGCAAACAGUGGUGAAAGUGGAUUCAAAGUGCAUUAUUUUGCAUGAGCGGAAGGGACCAGAGUCUUGCAGGGAAGUCGCAUUCCAUCCCUCUCAGAGCCACUUCAUGCAUUCACCUAACACUGUGGUUAGUGGUCCCACAUGUAUGGCUUCUCCGAUAUAAAUUUAUUUAUUUAUAUGUUUACUGUAUUUCUGUACUGAUUUUCCUCACUGCUCAAAGUGCAAAUGUGUGUGUUCCCUCUCACUUUUAUUAUUUUGUUCUCUUCUCUCCUUUCAUUAUCUUUGUCAGCCAGGAUCUGUUCUCGUUUUCUCUUUCACCUUCUCUUUUCAGUUUAAAACCUUCCCCCAGUUCCCAGGCUCUCCUUUCUUCCUCUCUCCAAUUUGAGAGGAUGACCGUAUCUAUACACCUUAAAGGCAGAGAACAGAGGGAAGCAAUCCUCUCACAGUGAACCUACGGACCUGUUGUAGAAAGGUGUAAAGAAACAAAAACCCUGGUAAAUGAAGAAUACACAAUUUUUUAAAAAUUUACAUAGAUCCAGCUCCUCCCACUCAUCUUGUCAUGGAGAAGAUGCCUUGAGGGAGAAGCAAAGAUCUGUGGUGACUUCAACCACUGUUUUAAAAGUCAAACAUAGGAAGUUCAAAUUUUUAAAUCAUGUGAGCAGACCAAGAGGCUGAAUGUACAAAGUAGCUUGCAGAAAAGCGUUGUGUUUGGAGACCUGCACGCGCCCGGCCAGUUAGAUUGUAGAUGGGCGGCUUUCUGCGAGUUUUUCAGAAGCCUGUCCAUGAAUAUCGUUCCUCUGUGUCAGUGGUUUUCACCUUUCAGAGGUGUGGCUGUGUUAAUCUGCCGCAGAAAAAGCAGCAGCAGAAUUUUGUGGCACCAUAAAAUGGAUAUUGUGGCAGAAUCUUUUGAGGGUCAGAGCUCACAAAAGAUGCAUGAAGCGUUACCUUCUUUUGGCCAAUAUAUGUGUGUGUGUGUGUGUGUGUAUACAGACACACCCAAGGAUGCUCUGGCCCUGGUCGAGGACAGACAGAUAUCUUUCAUAUCUGAGUAUUCAGUUCAUAGCGGAAUACUUAAAUGGAAUACCAAAGACUAAUCCUGAAAUUGUCCCUUGUAGCAUGGGUGCCACUUCCGUAAUAAGAACCAAUGUAAUGGUUACAGUGUUGGAUUAGUGAGAGGUACCUGGGUCCAUGGCCAAAGCAUGGGGGAGGGGUAGGAGCGAGUAUACCUUACCAGGGCUUAGUCAGAGCUUGAAGGCCAUUAUCCUGAUAUGUGUUUUUUACAGAGCCAUACUGCGGAGAGGUGGACAGGAGGGGGCAUUCACCCCAGGCACUGUUCACCUGGGUCACAAGGAGGGGUGCAUUUUGGCCACACAUAGAUAUACACGCCCUGCAGGUUGGCCAGGCAGAACAAGCAUUGUCAGCCUCGCAACAGCAAGGGGGGCACCAGCCAGUAUUAACCUUAUAUAAAGCCGUGGUGCGACCGCACUUGGAGUACUGUGUUCAUUUCUGGUCGCCACAUCUCAAAAAGGAUAUCGAAGAGAUAGAAAAAGUGCAGAGAAGGGCAACGAGGAUGAU